AUGGCACCGUCGGCAACCAACGGCGAUGGCGUCAACGGCAUCACCAGGGUAAAUGGGCAGACGACUGGCACUCAGUUGAAAGCGACGGCUCCGGCGUUCCACCCGGCUGGCACGCCCGAUCGAUCAAGGUACCAUGCGUCGACUUCCGAUGAAGCCAUCCACGCUGAGCAUGAAUACGCCGCUCACAACUACCACCCUCUACCGGUUGUCUUUGCUCGAGCGCUGGGAACCACGGUAUGGGAUCCAGAAGGCCGACAAUAUCUGGAUUUCCUUUCCGCGUAUUCUGCCGUGAACCAGGGCCAUUGCCACCCAGAACUCGUCAAAGCCUUGGUCGAACAAGCAUCCACGCUCACCCUGAGCUCGAGGGCAUUCUACAAUGACGUAUUCCCCCGGUUUGCAGAAUUCGUCACCAAGUAUUUCAACUUCGACAUGGUGUUGCCAAUGAACACCGGUGCUGAGGCCGUGGAAACAGCAGUCAAGAUCGCCAGGAAAUGGGGAUAUAAGUCCAAAGGCAUACCACAUGACGAGGCAAUCGUGCUCAGUGUGGGGGAAAAUUUCCAUGGACGGACGUUCUCGGCCAUCUCCAUGUCCACUGACCCUGAAUCCCGCGACAACUAUGGUCCCUACCUACCCGGCGUCGGUAGCAUCUCUCCAGCCACGGGUAAAGUUAUUCCAUACAAUGACAUCCCGGCUGUCCGUGCCGCAUUCGAAUCCCACGGCGACAAGAUUGCCGGGUUCCUCGUUGAACCGAUCCAGGGGGAAGCCGGUAUUGUGGUUCCCGACGACAGCUAUCUGGCGGAGCUUCGCGCACUGUGCGAUAAAUAUAACGUGCUGCUCAUCUGCGACGAGAUUCAAACAGGUAUCGCGCGGACGGGGAAACUUCUCUGCCACGAAUGGGCCGGAAUAAAACCAGACCUUGUUCUGUUGGGUAAAGCCAUCUCCGGCGGAAUGUAUCCCGUCUCCUGCGUCCUCGGCCGCAAAGACGUCAUGCUCACCAUCGAACCCGGUACACACGGGUCCACGUACGGCGGCAACCCGCUUGGUUGUGCCGUCGCGAUCCGUGCCCUUGAGGUCGUCCGUGAAGAGAAGAUGACUGAACGGGCAGAGAAGCUCGGACAUGUUUUCCGCGAUGGAUUGAGGGAUCUGAAUUCGGAUUUGAUCAAGACAGUCAGGGGUAAGGGCCUGCUGAACGCGAUUGUGAUCGAUGAGGAAAAGACAAACGGACACAGUGCGUGGGAUCUGUGUAUGUUGAUGAAGGAGAAGGGAUUAUUGGCAAAACCCACGCACCAGAACAUCAUUCGUCUUGCUCCGCCGCUAGUCAUUACAGAAGAUGAGAUCAAGCGUGCUUUGGCCAUCAUUGCGGAGGCAGUGGCGGAACUUCCGAACUUGAAGGGAGAGAAAGAGAAGCAGGUCCUUCCAGAGGGUGAGAAGAAUGUUCACAUUGGUGUGGACAAUUAA